UAGAGCUAGACCGGUGGUAGAGUGGUCAGUGGUGGUAGAGCGAGCGAGGGAGCUCGGUGCUUGGCUUGGAGGAGUUGGAGAUUGUUGGCGCUAGUAAUUGGGGCCGGAUAGAGACGCCGCAGCCUAGUGCUACUGCACUCGCUAUCCAUCCUCUCCUCUCCUUUUUCAAGGCGGAGAAACGGAGAGAAGAGAAGAGAAGAGAAGAGAAGGAGAAGCAGCUCCCACCACACCCGCAGCCUCAGCCUCAGCCUCAGCCCCCGCUGCUCCUGCGUCAGACACUAGUACUAGCGCUGCUCAUUUUUAUUCUCCUUCUAGCGGAUCGCCGCCGUAGCCUCAGCUCAGCAGCCGCUACGAGUAGCUUCUAGCGGAGCGGGUAGGCGGCGGCCGGCGGGUUCGGAGGGGGCGGUGGUGGUAUUUUUAAUCCCGAUCUCCGCCGCGGAAUUCGCUGGGUAUAAGUGUGGCUUCGGGGCGGCGCUUCCCAUCCGACACCGGCGCCUUCGCGGACUGGGUCGCGUCCUCGGCAGCGGCCGCCGCCGCCGCGGGGAGCAGGGGGGACGACCUCUCGCUCGGCUUCAAUGCCGGCGCGGCGGCCGCGGCCGCGGCCGCCUCCGGCGCCGCGCUGGGGGCCGGGCUGUGGGGCGCGGCCUCCUCGUCGCCCGCCUCGCGCCAGGCGGCGCUGAACUACGGGAUGGCGGCGGGGGACGUGGGGAUGGUGGUUGUCGCGCCCGCCGCCUCGUUCCACCACACGCACCACCAUCACCACCACCACGACCCGGCCGCCUCCGACGCCAUCUUCCCGCUGCUCUCCGCGGGGCCCUGCGUGCUCGACCCCGAGGCGGCCAAGGCCGCGGCCGCCAGCGGCGGCAUCCAGUUCUGGCAGUCCGCGCAGCAUCACUCGCCGUCGGCCGGCGGCGCUGGCGGCGGCAACCCUAACCCUAGCCUUGGCCCCUUCUACCUGAAGAAGCCCGUCCCGAUGCUGGACGGCGGCGGCGACGGCUCCUCCGGCUCCGGCACCACCACCUGCCAGGACUGCGGCAACCAGGCCAAGAAGGACUGCACCCACAGCCGCUGCCGCACCUGCUGCAAGAGCCGCGGCUUCGACUGCUCCACGCACGUCAAGAGCACCUGGGUCCCCGCCGCCCGCCGCCGCGAGCGCCAGCACCUCGGCGGCUCCGCCUCCUCCCCCGCCAACGCCUCCACCGCCGCGGGCUCCAAGAAGCCGCGCCUCCUCUCCUCCCAGCAGCAGGCCACCACGUCGCACACCUCCACCUCCAACGCCACCACGCCCCGCAGCUACGACACCACCUCCAGCCAUCAAGACGCGUCGUUUCGGGGGAACCUGCCGCGGCAGGUGCGCGCGCCGGCGGUGUUCAGGUGCGUGCGCGUGACGUCCAUCGACGACGGGGAGGACGAGUACGCGUACCAGGCCACGGUGACCAUCAACGGCCACGUCUUCAAGGGCUUCCUCUACGACCAGGGCGUCGACGACGGCCGCGCCAGCAAUGACAUUGAUCCGUCCACCGGAGGCGCCGUGCCCAACAUGUCCGAGCUCCACCUCGGCGGCGGCGGUGGCAAUGCCGCGAGGGGAGGCGGGGGUUCGUCCUCGAUGGCGCCCUCGGACAUGUACGGUGGCGGCGGCGCCGGAGGAGCAGGCGGAGGGGGAGGAGGCCAGCACAUACUUGGCGGCGGGUCCAGCUAUGGUAACACCAUGAACUGAGCUGAGCUGAGCUGCUAGAAGAGUAAGGUCACAUAGUAGAUCAUCACUACAGUACCAUUCUUUGCUUUCUUCUCUUCAUUGCUAGUAAGUACAAACCUGUCAACCCUCCCAUGGCCGGGGUGCAAUGCAUGGUUUUCGCCAUUAAUUUGUUCAUGCUGUAUGACGACAUCCAAGUGUUAAUCGUUCCUAGUCUAGUCCAGUCCAGUCCAGUCCUCCUAGCAGCAGCAGUUCCUUAAUUUUCUAGCAGUACUAAUGUACUCUUAGAGAAUAAUAAUUGUCAAUUAGGAAUGUUAAACAGGAUAAUGCAAGAUCAAAUCAACACUAGUACCACUUUGCAUAAUGAAUUGAUCAGGUCAUUGCCUGCUGGUUUUGU